AUGUCCAGAGGUCAAGGUUGUCACCUGAUGCUAGUUUCCUGUUUUCCUAUUAAAAGUUCGUGUUUGUUUUUAAAAUUUAGAAGCAAAACUUAGAUUUAGAGGUCUUCUAGAUCUAGAACACAGCAAAUCUAGAUUGUACUUAUUGCCUAAUUUGAUUACGGAGUUUAAGGCAAAACUGUUUUAUUGCUUUGACACUCCAAUAUUUAAAAUCAUGCUGAAACCAAGAGUGCUGUCAGAGGUCCUAAGCCAAGCCAAUACUGGAGGAGUUGGAAGCACCUUACUUUUAAACAGUGAGGGAUCAUUGUUAGCCUUCUCAGGUUUUGGUGAUAAAGAUGCAGCUGCUGCAGGUGCUAUAGCAAGUAAUAUCUGGUCGUCAUUUCACAAAAGUGGACAGAUUUCUUUAGACGAUUCUAAACUUAAAUGUGUGCUUGUGGAUUGCAAGCAAGGUAAAAUUGCCAUCACCAAAGUAGCCAACCUGUUGUUAUGCUUGUGUGCAACUGAAACAGUCAGUUAUGGAAUGCUGAAAACCAAGAUUGAAGCCAUGGCAACGUACCUGGAGGAGCCCUUAUCUCAAGUUGCAUCAUCCUGAUAGGACGCCCUUCUCUCCGACAUUUUAAUGAAAUUCCUUAUGUCUUUCUCUCUGACAAACUGCAUUACUAUUGGGUUAAUUGGAUCAGUUUUCCGAUCCAGCAGUCAAUGAAUUAAUGCAUGGGUGACAGUUUGUGUGUUUGGGUGCACUGUACAUAUAAUAGCUUGUUUUAAAAUAUUUUUAGUGUUUUUUUAAUGCUGAAAGAUGUUUGAGUAAAACUUGGUAAGUUUAUGUAAGACUGCAGCUUUUGUUUUAUUGAAGAAACUUGUAUGUUCUAACUAUUUUAAUAUAUGUUCUGGUAAUCUUGAAAUGUUUUAGACCUGAUCACAUACAUAAGACAUUUUGAAAGCACACAGGUAUUUUAUGCUGGCAGAGUCUAGACAUAAAUUCCCUGCACUUCAAAUGUGAACUUGAUCUCUUGUUUGUAUGGGGAAAAUCUUUUUAAAAAAAUACCUUUGUGUGUUCAAAAUGUCAAUCGAAACAUUUUCCAUUUUAAUUGAAUGCAUUUGUUUCAAUACUGGUUUGAUUUUAUGCUGUUUUUUUUU